GGGCGGGGUCGCAGCUACCCGCCGCGAUCUCAUGUGUAUGAGGUCAUGCGCUUUGUACCUGCCUGGCGCAACAUAGACUGAUGCUAGACUACUGUGUAUUUGAGCCCACCAAGCUCCACCCUUGUUCCUUACUUCGAUUGUCUUUGUGACACCCAGUCUCAAUCUCCAGUGCCCCUCUCGAUUCCGGUUCAGGUGUGAUAGCUGCCGAUAUGGAGCGAAUCAAGAGCGUCAUUUCUGGUGGCCACCGCAAGAGCACCGACGCGAACCAAAAUCCCCAUGAUUCUCCGUCCACAGCAGGACCGAAUCGCGGCACUACUAGCGGUUUGACGGGAGAGGGAAGUCAUCUUACGAGUGCGCGCCAGCCAACUGGAACAGGAUCAGAAGAGCAGCACCCAAUCUUCGAUCAAUUUACGCGCAAGAGCCCGCCUUCGACAUCUGGGAAGCCUAUCCAGACCGCCGAUCACGUACCACACUUCUCCAAUACCACCAAUGUGCAGCAGACCACUCCGACCUCAGCACCUCAGAGCGCAACCUCUGCAACCCCCAGUCUCCGUCCGGAUGCCACCCAAGGCCGCCCAGGCACUCAAAGCGGCGACGCAAGCACCGCAAGCAUAAAGUCGGGCGUAAUUGGCUUCCCGCAGGGUGCCCAAGCCUCCCAGGCCGCCACGAGCAGCAGUAAUCCCGCUGGAGAAAGACUAGGAGGCGCUGCACCAGAACAGGGAAGCCCGUCCCAUCUGGGAAGAGAUGCAGCGAUAGGCACUGGCGCGGCCGGAGCUGGUGGUCUAGCAGCUCAUGAGUUGGGUAGUCAACGUGAGGACAACAGCUACAACAACACUUCACAUGCGACCGAGCAGCAGCCUUAUGAGCGAGCACUGGAAGAACCUACAGAUGCCACCGGUACCUAUCGGUCAUUUCCUCUGGCGGGCGGCGUUACGACAGGACGACCGGCAGAGAACACAUCAUCCACUCUCAAUCCCGCCACACGCGAGAGAGAGCCAGGCACCAAGGAGAAGGAAGCCGGCGUCCAUGACGGGCAGGGGCGUGAAGCAUUGGCAGGCGCUGCGGCUGCUGCAACAGCAUCUUCAACCCUUCCUGGGCAUAAGCAUGAGCAAGCGGUGGAUAGCACGUCCCAGGAGAAUACCACUCGGGGCGGCCAUCACCCUGAGGCGUUGGCCGCAGCUACUGCCGCGGUCUCUAAGCACGAGCAUGGUGGGCGCGGUCAUGACUUUAUCGGCGACCCUUGUGCCACCGAGGACAAGCCUUCUACCGCUGAUCAGCACCGGUCUGGACUGCUGUUCACUUCGGGACCGCAUGCGACGGAUACUGCUAACAGAUUAGACCCUCGUUUGCAUGUACCUGGAGAAUUUCCGAGCCCUACCCCUGUGGAUGAGCCAUCUGAGCCCUCCUACAUGCUAAGCAAGGAAAUCCCAGCUGCAGGAGAUCAGCACGAACUGCGCCAUACUGGCACCCUCGAUCAGCCGCAGACAAGGACAGCGGAAGAACCCGAGAAGGAGCAUCAUUACGGGCGAGAUGCCACUAUCGCGGGAGGGCUCGGAGCGGCGGGUGCAGGCGCAUACGAAGCUGGAAAACACCAUCAGAAAGAACCGGCCGAGAUUGGCGGCGAGACGUUCUCCACGGAGGCCAGCCCUUACAGCUCCACGAAGUUAGACCCGCGCGUACACGGAAAGCCUGCUGCAUACGAGAAACAGAAGUUCGACCCCUCCACCUCUGAGAAACACCAUGGCCGUGAUGCUGCCUUGACCGGAGGUACACUCGGAAGUGCCGGCCUUGCAGGCUCAGAAAUAACAAGGCCCCACGAAACGCGAGACACUGUGCAGUCUUCGGCGACCCAGCCUCAGUCGACGUCGGCUGCUCCACACACCGAGGACGAGAAGCACCAACAUCAGUACGGUCGCGAUGCUACCUUGGUUGGAGCCGGCGCUGCCACUGCCGGCGGCUUGUACUAUGCCGGACAACAUGACAAGCAAGACAGCGGCCCAGCAUCUUCCACCAUCGGUCCCCACAAGAGCAAUGUCGCGAACGUUUUUGACCCGCGCGCCCAGCCAGACCCCGCUCUGCAAAAGCAUCACCAUGCAGACCCGAAGCCAGAAGAUCCAGCGUCGGCGACCGUAGGCCCCCACAAGAGCAACAUUGCCAACGUGAUGGACCCUAGAGUCCUGCCCGAUCCCGAGAAACAGAAGGGACACACAACUACGGGACCACACAAGUCGGACACGCUUAACCGCCUGGACCCUAAGGCUGAUCGACAGGCUCAGCCCCAAGCGCAGCAUCAUUACGGACGUGACGCCGCAGUUGCCGGAGGAGCGGGAGCCGCUGGAUAUGGUGCUUAUGAAACAGCUAAGGCGUAUGGCGACCAUCGCAGUACAGGAGCGGAAGCCUCGAUGAAUGACCAACGCUAUGAUCCUUCCGCUCCAGGUGCUCAUCAACCGUCCAUAACCACGCAUCCACAUACUGCAGACCCGAACCAGAAGGAUCAACAUCACUACGGCCGGGACGCUGCAGUUGCCGGAGGACUUGGUGCAGCAGGUGCAGGAGCAUAUGCCGCCACUCGCGAACAUGAACACGCUCAACAAUCUCCAAUGACUAGGCAACAAUACCCCACCGGUCAAGAAGCUUCUCCUUACCCUCCUUACCAGGGAGCUCAACAGCCUUCAGUGGCCUACUCCAGUCAACAGGCUACUGCUGCCGGCCACCAGCGCUACGACUCUACACAGGACCCUAACAAGCAGCAUCAAAAGCGUGAUGCCGCUACUCUCGGCGCAGCAGGUGCUGCUGGUGCCGGCGGUGCUUAUGCCUACACCCAGCAUGAUGCUGAGAAGGAAAGGCAAGCGCAGCAGAAAGCCCACGAACAGCAGCUUAAGGACCAGCAGAAGGAGUUUGAGAAGAAACAAAAGGAGACAGAGAAACAGCAAGCUAAGGACGCAAAGCACCAUGACAAGCUUGUAGCAGCUGAAGAAAAGAAGCACCAGAAGGAAAUGGAUCAGGAGCAGAAGCAUCAUGACAAGUUGGCAGCAUCCGAAGAGAAGAAGCACCAGAAGGAGCUGGAGAAGGAGCAGAAGCAGCAUGAGAAGGAAGCCGAGAAGGAACAGAAGCAACAUGAAAAGGAAGCCGAGAAGGAAGAGGAGGGUAAGAAGAAGCACCAUCUCUUCGGCUUCUUGCAUCGCGAUAAGAAGGACAAAGAAGAUAAGAACACGGAGAAUAGUCCUAGAGAGUCUCGGGAUAGUCCACGCCAUUCAAAGGAGUAUGCUGGUGCGGGAGCCGCAGCGGGUGUCGCUGGUGGUGCGGCCGCAUAUGAGGCUACCCGCGAUAACGAUUCGGACAGCAGUGAGGGCAAGAAGCGUCGCAGCAAGCUGCAUAAGAACCCUCCACCCGGCCAUCCGGCUCGAGAGGUAAUGGAAGAGCAGCAUCAGACCGAGCAGGGCGGCAAGCCCCUCCACAUGGGUACCGACGGGCCGAUUGGUGAUCCCAACCAAAUUUCAGGGGACCAGCCAAUCCGAUCAGGUUUUUAUGGUGCACAUCCAAACGAUGAGCAGAAGCACACUGUCACUGAGCCGCAUACUGGACUCCCGAUGAACACCGGGCAGUACGGUGAUGGGCAUGGUGGUACCGAUGACAACCAAAAUAUUGGAGGGUAUCACCAAGCACAGCAGCCGGACCAGACCACGCAGCAGGGAGUGACUGACUGGGAAGCGGUCAGGAAGGCGAACACGCCGUACUGAUUGAAGUGCGAGCAGUAAUGUGGUGGGGGGUAAAUUGAUGAUAGUAUCUUCAAGGCCAAUCGGCGGAUUUUCGUAAUGCGGCACAUGCUUGUAUGAUGCUUUAUGACUCGGGGACUAGCAACAAUGAGACUUUGACAUGCUUUUCAUGUUCCGAAUCUGGAUUUAUCUUCGUCACUCCCCCCUAGCAAGGAGUUCU